CUGUGGAACAACUAUUUUCAUUUGGCUGUGGCUUUUAUUACCCAAGAUUCACUACAGCUAGAAAACUUUUCCCAUGCAAAAUACAACAAGAUCCAGAACAAAUACGGAGAUAUGAGACGUUUAAUUGGCUUUGCUAUCCGUGACAUGUGGUACAAACUUGGCCAGAAUAAAAUUUGCUUUAUUCCGGGGAUGGUUGGACCCAUCUUGGAAAUGACUCUUAUUCCAGAAGUUGAACUACGAAAAGCCACAAUCCCAAUUUUCUUUGACAUGAUGCUGUGUGAAUACCAAAGGACAGGAGAAUUCAAAAAGUUCGAAAAUGAAAUAAUUUUGAAGUUGGACCAUGAGGUGGAAGGAGGACGAGGGGAUGAACACUACAUGCAGUUGUUUGAGUCCAUUCUUACAGAGUGUGCGUGUCAGUAUCCCGGCAUUUUUAACUUGGUAGAAAGUUUUGUCAGCCUAGUUAAAGGCCUCCUGGAGAAACUGCUGGAUUACCGAACCGUGAUGAAUGAUGAAAGCAAGGACAAUCGCAUGAGCUGCACUGUGAACUUACUGAAUUUCUACAAGGACAUUAACCGUGAAGAGAUGUAUAUCAGGUAUUUGUAUAAACUGCGAGAUCUUCAUUUAGAUUGUGAGAAUUACACAGAAGCAGCAUACACCCUUCUACUCCAUACAUGGCUCCUGAAGUGGUCAGAUGAACAGUGUGCACCCCAAGUCAUGUCAACAGAGUUCCAGUGUUCACAGACCUAUCGACACUUGAAAGAGAAUUUGUAUGAGAAGAUCAUAGAGUACUUUGACAAAGGAAAGAUGUGGGAAGAAGCCAUAUCUCUAUGCAAAGAACUUGCAGAGCAAUAUGAAAAGGAAGUUUUUGACUAUGAACUUCUAAGUCAAAACCUGAUUCAACAAGCAAAGUUCUAUGAAAACAUCAUGAAAAUUCUGAGACCUAAACCAGACUAUUUUGCUGUUGGAUAUUAUGGCCAAGGAUUCCCCACAUUUCUAAGGAACAAAGUAUUCAUCUAUCGUGGGAAGGAAUAUGAGAGGAGAGAGGAUUUCCAGGCACAGCUGAUGAGCCAGUUUCCCAGCGCAGAGAAGAUGAACACCACCUCAGCACCUGGAGAGGAUGUGAAAAACUCUCCUUGUCAAUAUAUCCAGUGUUUUACAGUGCAGCCAGUCCUGGAGGAGCAACCUAGAUUCAAAAAUAAGGCAGUACCUGAUCAAAUUAUAAAUUUUUAUAAAUCCAACAAUGUGCACCGGUUCCACUAUUCAAGACCAGUCAGAAAAGGAUCUGUUGACCCUGAAAAUGAAUUUGCUUCUAUGUGGAUUGAGAGAACAUCAUUUGUUACAGCAUACAAACUUCCUGGAAUUUUACGAUGGUUUGAGGUUGUCUCCAUGUCACAGACUACAAUUAGUCCUUUAGAGAAUGCUAUUGAGACUAUGUCCACGACGAAUGAAAAAAUUUUGAUGAUGAUUAACCAAUACCAGAGUGAUGAGAACCUUCCUAUUAAUCCACUUUCUAUGCUUCUGAAUGGGAUUGUUGAUCCAGCUGUUAUGGGUGGUUUUGCUAAAUAUGAGAAGGCUUUCUUUACAGAAGAAUAUAUCAGAGAGCAUCCAGAGGAUCAAGAAAAGCUGAAUAGGCUCAAAGAUCUAAUUGCUUGGCAGAUACCUUUCCUUGGGGCUGGAAUUAAAAUUCAUGAAAGAAGAGUUUCUGAUAAUCUUCGCCCUUUCCAUGACCGUAUGGAGGAAUGUUUCAAGCAUCUAAAAGUUAAAGUGGAAAAACAAUACGGAGCCAGAGAAUUGCCAGAUUUUGAUGACAAGAGAGUAGGACGGCCAAGGUCAAUGCUGAGAUCCUAUCGCCAGUUAUCAGUCAUUUCACUGACUUCCAUGAAUUCAGACUGCAGUACUCCGAACAAAAUUGCUUCAGAAAGCUUUGAUCUGGAAGUAGUGCUACCAAAGCCAAUAAAAGCAGAAUCAGAGGAGACUGCUCUGCAAAUUAAUCCUUACCCUGAAGUAAAGAUGAGAAGGUCCAAAAAAAGAACAAAAAGAAGCAGUGUGGUGUUUGCUGAUGAGAAGAUGGCACCUGAUAUUUCUCUCUCUGACAUGAAAUGCCUGUCAAGGAAAUACGAGUUCAUGAGUGACACCAACCUCUCAGAACACGUAGUGGCACCUCAGAAAACAUCUAUCCUCAAGCAGAUGAGUUCUGUCAGUCGUUCUAUGCCAACUAUCCCAGGAUUAACUCUGUCCGUCAGCCCUGUGACACCUGAUGAAACAAUUGCAUCACAUAGGUUGAGUCAACCAGUGUUUCCUUCCACCUCAGAUGGUGACAAGAAAACCUUCAAAAAAAAGAAAGUGAACCAGUUAUUUAAAACAAUGCGCAUUUCCAAAGUUCUAGAAGAUGGAAAGCAGUCUGUGGAGCACCAUUUCAGAACUUCAUCUACGGAUCUGUAA